AUGGCAAAGAAAAACAAGUCCCAAAAGGACAAAACGGACGAAAAACCACCCACAGGCCCAAAAUCAAGCCACAACAUUACUCCCAACAGCUCAAGUGAGACUGACUUUCCUCCGCUACCAAAUAGCCCUACCACCGAAUCUGUCCCCGCGCUGGGCGGCCGCAAGGGCAACCCAACUGACGACCCCGUCGGUGCCAUCGGCGAGACCGCCCAGGACGCUCUGCCGAGCACCGGCGGUCUGACAAUUCCCGGCAUCACCGAUACUGGAAAGAAGGAUGGCGAGGAUGACAAAGGGAGCCUCCAGAUCAAGAUUCACCUCAACCUGCACGCUAAGAUCAAGCUCGAGCUGGACGCCCAGAUCUACGGUGACAUUGUAAUCGGACUGCUAUAA